AGAAAUAUUUAACAUUUCAUUUGAGAUUUUGAUUGAAAACAACUAAAGACGAAGAGUUAAUUCUUGACACUCCUUUCUUCUUCGAUUCUUACUUCACAUUCUUUUUUCUUUUGACUCGGUUCCUUUUUUUCUGGACAUGCAUCAAGAUUGUUUCAUCAAUUGAAGCUAACUCUUUUUAUUUUCUUGGUGUUUUAGCUCUUUGGUGUGUCUCCAAACACGUGACUGGUAACGAUUCCACUGUGAUGAUUUUGCAAAUAGUUUAACUUUCUUUACUUCUGGUUGUAAGAAACUCUAGUGUCUCUUUCUUCGGUUUUAAAUGACCACGAGAGGAUCAGGAGAAAACAUAUUAAUUUGUUUUUUUCUUAGUUAUAGCACUAUCUUAUAUUUUCCUUAUGUGUUCCCUAAAUAUGUAUAGAGACAUAUAUAUUUAAAUGUCAGAAACUUCUGCGCAAAAACAAAUAUUCUUUGAAACUUUUGAUUUGUGUGGGAGGAAGGAUGAGGUGAGGUCUUUACCCCUCUUUAUUAGACCACUUUCUACUAAAAAGCAGAAACUAAAUAUUUAUAUUUUUUUAGACCAUCGCUUGUCUCUAUCAAGUUCAUCUUUAAACUAUUUUGUUAUAAUUCUAAAGACAAAAAAUUGAUCUACCCUGGUGCUUGGGACAAUCCUAUAAUUUUCUCUUCGUCUUUGGGGGUCCUUUCCUCCGGUCUCCAAAUUAAUUAAUCUUCGACCACUCUUGUCUUUAUCAAGAUUAUUGCCCCUAAUAAUGAACCUUCAUAUCUUGUUUUUUUUUGUUAAUUUAGAAUAAUAUACAGUACAUUUAAAACUUGUAUCCUUUUGAGUUCCUUAAUUUCUUGAAAAUAUUUUAAAGAAUACUAUUUCUUAAUCUUAAUGGGGGGGGGGGAUUAAAGUUUAAACUACAUUAAAAAUCAUUGUGUCGAGUGGUUGUGAUCAGAACAUAAUUCUUUAAAUAAUUUAUCCAUAUGAUGUAUUCAUGAUUCGGACCAUUCGAUUCAAAUGUUUACUACAUCUAUGGCCCUUUUUAUUAUUGAACUUUCACCAACUUUCCAUUAGCUGAGUUGCUUAUCUAAUGUAUUAAUUAAGCCCUACACUUAUUGAUAUCGGAUUGUUGGUAACUACUGUCUAGCAUUGCUUAACUUUGUUUUAUAAGUAUGUAUAUCCAUCUUUAUCUAUGAGUAAUGGUGUUUAGUUGUGAUGUUUUGUAACACACUGUUUAUAUGGUAUAUAGGGCUUAAAAGGCAGAGGGCAUAAAGAAGAGUGCAAAGAUGUUUACUUGCAUAAACUGUACAAAAAUGGUAGACAGAGAUGAAGAAGAUGAAGAUGUAGCCCGUGGGAGCACUACUCCCAACACCAAAGAAGCUGUUAAAAGCCUAACUACACAGAUCAAAGACAUGGCGUCAAAAUUUUCUGGUACCUCUAAACAAUCCAAGCCACCCUCAGGCUCCUCAAGCACCAACUUGAGGAAAGAACAGAGAAAGUAUCCGGAUUUCGACGCUGCAUCUGAUAGUGUUCCAUACCCUUAUAUGGGUGGUGGAAGCACAAGUUCCACUCCUGCUUGGGACUUCCCAAACUCCUCUCACCAUCAAGUUGAACGGGCAGAUUCAAGAUUCACAUCAAUGUAUGGCGGUGAACGCGAUUCAGUCUCUGCUCAGUCGUGUGAUGUGGUACUAGAGGAUGACGAGCCAAAAGAGUGGGUGGCUCAAGUAGAGCCUGGUGUUCACAUUACAUUCGUCUCACUUCCUAGUGGAGGAAAUGAUCUUAAACGGAUACGUUUCAGCCGGGAUGUGUUUGACAAGUGGCAAGCUCAGAGGUGGUGGGGUGAGAACUACGAUAGAAUAGUUGAGCUUUACAAUGUUCAGAGAUUUAACCGGCAAGCCCUUCAAACCCCUGGUGGAUCCGAAGACCAGUCGCAGAGAGAUUCAACUUACACAAGAAUCGAAUCAGCAAGAGAAAGCAGAGACUGGACUCCAAGAAACAACUACAGGCCUCCAGGUGGUAGCAGCAUCCCACAUCAGUUUUACGGAGCUUCAAUGGACGCAGCACGAGACGAACCGCCUUCCCUCAGUAACGCUAGUGAGAUGCAAGCAGAGUGGAUUGAAGAGGACGAUCCUGGGGUUUACGUUACCAUCAGACAGUUACCAGACGGAACCAGAGAGUUACGCCGUGUCAGAUUCAGUCGGGAACGGUUUGGGGAAGUGCAUGCUAAGACAUGGUGGGAGCAGAACAGAGACAGGAUACAAACACAAUAUCUCUAACUAAGUGAGGGAAAAAGAGAGUCCACUUUUGAUCUUCUUUAACACAG